AUGUCUCUUAACGACUACGAUAGAAUCGUGUCAUUUGCAAUUUUUCCGGCUCUCAACGUUGCACGUGUUGGUAACUCUGAUGAAUAUUAUGUGGGAUCCGAAAUUCCUGGAGUAUAUGUUGGAAAGGGAGAUGAAAGUUUCUCUUUCAAGAAAGAUGGCAAAGUAAAGCCACAAGCUGCGAGGUUCAGAAUUUAUGGUUAUGAUAAGGAUGGCAAACCCGUACGGGAAAUCAAACUUACAGAUGGUGAUCCGAAAAUAGAGAUUACUUGGACUGUCGAGCUUGCUAAUAGAAAAGCUGCCCAUACACAAUUUUCUGGUAUAUUGAAAUAUAAAGAAAGUAAUCCUAAACGAAAUGCCGGUGUCUUAAUCACUCAGUACGCAAACAACGAUUAUUGGUACGAUGACACUUCUGAUGGAUCUGUAGAUGCUACCGUUGUAAUUAAUGGAAAGACACUCAAGAAUAAAGCUGUUUGUAGGGCUUCAUGGGUUAAUGAGAUGGCAUUUAGGGGUCAUGGCUUAUAUAAGCAAGGUGACUUUUUAAACCCUGAGCUAGAAAAGCAGUUGAAAAAUCCAGGAAAUAAUGAUAAAGACUUGAGGAAAAACAUCCUCUCUCGCGUCCGAAUACCUAAAUAUUUGGCAUCUCCUGCUGAAUUUAACGGCCAGGCUUAUGACUAUUUUAUGCCUCCUUUAUCUGGAAAUGAUGGUGAUACUACUCCUACCGUUCCAGAUACGUACUUGACCGUCACUCGCGGUCAAUAUAUCUUACUGCAAAGAUGGGCUGAUGGUGAUUUUGAGCCAGGGAAUGAACCAACACAAUACCAUUAUAAAUUUGACAAAAUGGAUUAUAAUUAUCCUCAGUAUAGUAAAGAUGGCAGUUCUUUUGAGUCAUUUGAAGCAAUUGUUUCUGAUGUUCAGAAUCAAAUAAAAUGUCUUAACAAAGCUGCGCUUCAAUGGUGUGUUGGAGGUGCAUUCUAUCCCGGAAUUGAAAUGACUUUUGUUGCUUAUGAUAAAAAUACAUUCGAUGAGAGAUAUGAUUUCAGGAUCAAUGAGAAAAAUAUAAGUCCUGGUGACCUUAAUGCAUUUAUGGCUUUACCUUGGCAAGCAGAUUUUUUUGAAUGUAACACACAUUGGUGGCCAGCCCAAAGACCUGAUAUAGUAAUUCCGGAAGGUCAAAAACCAGAAGUUGAGAAAUAUGGUGUUAAUUUAGGUAAUUUUAAGGAUUGGACACGUGGAUUUAGAACCGAUGAGCCACAAAGAGAUAGCGACUUCAAGAAGGCAUUCUUUGAAAUUGAACGAGAAGAAAUUUUCAAACUAGAUACAGAAUCUUUGGUAGAUAACGCGACCAUAGAUGAUCUCCAUGAAAUGCUUAAAAUUGCGAUGACGAUCGAACUAACUACUAUUCCAGCAUAUCUUUACGCCAUGUAUUCGAUAAAACCUGGAACGGAGACUGGUGAUGAAGUGAUACGUCAAAUCCGACGUGUCGCUGCAGAGGAAAUGUUGCAUUUGUCACUUGUGGCGAAUCUUAUUGCUGCUAUUGAAGAUAUUAAUGCUGACAGUAUCGGCGAUCUCUACAAGAGUAUUGAAAACAUGUUUAGAAAACUUGAUAAUCAAAUUAAAUAUGAUAAACUAUUUCAGCUUGGACCCGGAAUGGGUUACGCACCCAGUACCAGUGAUAAAAACGAAGGAUUGAUUAUCGUCGAUUGUCUUCGUUCUGCUAUAAAAGCUAUUGAAUUGAUCAUUAGCGGUUGUAAUACCAAAAGCCUAGAAGCCACGAUCAAUGUAAAAAUUAGUGGAAAAAUUGAAGUUGGAAAGAAAGUAAACAUCCGUGGAACAAUCAAAGCAACAUUAACAUCAAAAACAAGAGGGCAAAUAACCGUACAAGAUAAAAAAAAUGGUUCAAUUAAAGGGACGAUGUAUGUGAAAUCAUACGCAAAUCAUUGCAUAAUUGGUGAUAGAUUAUAUGGAAAAAUAAAUGGAGAAAUUAAUGGAAUCAUAACUAAUGGAACUGUCGAGGGAACAGUUGAAGAAAUAGUGAAAACAAUUGACGGAAUUAAAAAAGAAAGUAAAGGAAUCAACGGAACAAUUACAGGAGGAGUAUACGAUGAAUCACAUUAUGCAAGAUUUAACUAUUGCUUGAAUGAGGUUGAGAGUGCGUCUGAUUCGGCUACUGAAUCAUAUGCUGAUCCUAAUGUCGUCACUACUCUUAUUGCUUUUAACGCUGCCUAUUCUUACCUUAUGCUCUUAUUACAAGUAGUUUGGAGAACUGAUGGACAAAAGAAAAAAACAUUGAUAAUGGGAGGAAUGCCAGCAUUAAUGCAUGGUGUCUUAAAACCAAUUGCAACAUUUCUUGCUAGUGCCUCCUUUGGAUUCUACCAAUUUGAGAAUACAUCUAGCCCAAAAGAUCAACUCAAAAAAGCUAUUGAUGCUGCAGCUAAAGCUUUUUCAUAUAGUGAUGAGUUAAAUAAUGCAGUGACAGCAGUUGAUGCAUUGCCUGACGUUUCCCAAGAGAUUUUUAUAACAUU